UCCGGUGAUAAGCGGUUUUAAAUGGCCCGUUGUCGAAGGCGCUCGCGUUAAGCUGACCUGUUCGUGUCAUGGCGGGCUGCCACAACCUUCUCUUUACUGGACACUGGCGUCGCUUCAACAACCAACACAGGAGUUGUUCUACUCCCAGCACACCAUGCGGAUUACCACGGAACUGCACGUCAGACGACAACACAACGGCGCCGUGCUGUCGUGCACCGCUGAUCAGAGACACCACCUGCUCAUUUCGCCGAAAACUGCAAGUGUGAUCAUGGAGGUUCUAUAUCCUCCCGACGUCAGUGUAAUCGUACAGCCGCGACAGGUAAGAGAGGGAGAUGACGUCAUUGUCACCUGCAUCGUCGAUAGCAACCCACCUGCCCACAUCAGCUGGAAGCGGCAGGUGCAGGGGAGAAACGUUGUCAUGGCAACGACGGGGACGACAACCAUCGUCCUACGCAACGUCACGACGCAGGACAACGGAUCCUACAUCUGCCGCGCCGGCAACGACAUCGGCACCGCAUCGGCUAGCGGAGUUGUUCACGUCAAGAAACAAGCUCAAGGGUUCGACAUUCCCGUGGAUACGAUGUCGAUGUCGUCGACCGUCCAGGACGACUUCAGGCCGACUCCUUUUACUGCGGACCCUGAAACUGAAACGAGUAGAGCUACAGUUGAAGAACAACAGGGAAACGAAAGGGAAGAGAGAUUGAGGCUGAUUCUUGGAUUAGCGUUUGGUUGCGGUCUACUUGCCACUGCUGUGCUCAUGCUGGGACACCACUUCAGAAAACUUUCAAACUCUAAGUCCCGAAUAGGUAUGCAGGAGCGACCGUCCUUUGAGUUAGCACCGGUCAACGUCAACAGCGUCCACUACAACCGUCCUGGGGCGGACGUGGAGGCAACUGAAACAGAAGAUGGACAAACACCACAGCAGGACCGAGAGGAACCGGGAACGACGAUCGAGGGAGAGGCGGAAGUGGAUGGUGAUGAUCAGGAGAUGGCAUGUUGGGAAGGAGAUGACGUCACAGAUGACGAAAGACCCCAGUCGGACACCGUUGAACAUCCGGGACAGUUAGAGUACUAUGGCAACCAAGCGCAGACUAUCGAAGAGACAUCUCUCGUGAGUCUGUCGCUCGGAGCGUCGUUCACCAGAGAACAACUUCGCUUCAUCAAGCGGCUGGGACAUGGACAGUUCGGCGAUGUGUACCUGGCAGAGCUGGAAGGCGUCAGCGCCAGCCAGAAGGAUCGACUAGUGGCUGUCAAGACAGUGAAAGUUAAUGCAACACACGAGGCACACGAGGACAUGCGCAAAGAGCUGCGAAUGAUGAUGAAGGUAACAGCAUUCCAUCCCAACGUCGUGUCACUUCUUGGAUGUUGCACCAGCUCAGAGUCGAUGAUGCUGAUACUGGAGUACGUCCGUCACGGGAACCUGCUGGCCGUGCUGCGGAACGACCGGGCUGCCCGUGACGUCACAUACAGGAACCUGCACCCGGAAGGGAAGACGCUGCAGAAUAAAGACCUCAUCUCGUUUGCGUGGCAGGUGGCCAAGGGCAUGUCCUUCCUGGCGUCUAAACAGUGUAUCCACAGAGAUCUGGCAGCGAGAAACGUGCUGGUUGGGGAGAACAGAACGUGCAAAAUCUCCGACUUCGGGCUGGCCAGGGACGGUCCUGAGUACCGGAAACUCACCGCGUCACUCCUCCCGCUCCGUUGGAUGGCCCCGGAGACCCUCCAUGCCCGCCUGUACAGCACCAGGAGCGACGUCUGGUCAUUCGGCAUCUUAUUGUACGAAAUUGCAACUUUGGGGUCAACUCCAUACCCGACCAUAUCCAACAAGGAGGUCGCCGCUGUGGUUCAGUCGGGACACAUCAUGCCAAAACCGGCUCACUGCACUGAUCAACUAUACUUCCUAAUGGAGAAGUGUUGGGAAUUCUACCCCGAGGGGCGGCCGUAUUUCUCAGAACUGUCCUCUGCUCUCUUCAGAAUGCUGAGGGACGAGCAGGAACACAUAAUUCUUACAAGGUUCGAAGAGCAUGUCUAUGCAAACAUGGAUGAUCUGACGGAUGAAGAGAUUUGUUAUUAAGACGGUUUUUGAUACCUGAAAGUAUAGGGUUUCUUAUCUUUCCUUUUCCGUACCAUUGGAAGGCCAGAAACAUACAAAGAUAUAGAGAUUUUGUACUGUUAGUUUUGGACAGUAUCAGGAAAGUAAAAUGUCUACUUUAAAUUGAUCUAUUGCACUUAAGGGAAAAAAAAAAAAAAAGUGAUACGCAUUAUUGUAUCCUCUUGUACAGACCUCUUUAUUCAUCUUAUGUACUUGUAUUUAUUUUGUGAAAUCUUUGUUCAUUACCUACAGAAUCUGUUUAUGUGCAUUUGUGAUUUGAUAUAUGAGUUCAGGAAGUUUUCACUCUGUACAUCCGUAUUGUAUUCGUCUUAUCUAUUCCUUUUGUGUUCUUACUUCAUGGUAGAUUUUCUAAUGAUAUAUGUCUGAUGAUGCACAACUUAACUUCCAAACGCUGCAAGUAUAAAAUUCCCAUCAUUUAACACCAUAGUAUAAUAGAAUUUUCUAUUAUGAUUGAUUAUGCUAAUUAGGUCUUAUCUUGCAUAAUUGACAAAAUGGCUUA